GACUUUAUCAAUAAUAUCUGUUUACAUUGCAAGAUAAACAAAGAUAACUACGCAAUUUUCGCACAGAGUUAUUCUAUACAAUAUUAAUUAAGUUCAUAUAAUAAUCUAUAUUAUAUAAUUUUUGCAAUACACUUAUGAUAUAUGAACUUAUUUUAAAUUUAUACAUAUUUAUCAAAAAAAUACCGAUGAAUCACCCACAAAUAUAUAAACUGAAAAUUAUGUAUUAAUAAAGCAUCUUUUCCUGUAAUGAUAUUUGCAGAGACAGAAUCCAAUAUAUAAUUCCUUCUGAAACAUCCUCUAUAUAGCAUAGUAAUUUAAUUUAGUCCUUUAUUUAUCCUUUAUUUAGAAUUCUGUUAAUCAGACUGGUUGUCAACAAUCUUUAUUUACACCCGAAGAUACACGAGCUCUCUUUUGUAUGUAAACACUGGCUUACACACACACAUUCAUCCAAUCGUAUACAUAUACUUAUUGACAGUUUACUCUCAAAAACCACUUUCUGUAGAAAAAUCCUACUUUCAUCGUCGUUUUGGACUUACAGAAUCCGUUUGGUGAACCGGACGCGUGCCAGCCAACCCCGAAUAUGGGCCUGGAUCAGGGUGGCCGCGGCCUCCCUGCGCUUCUCGUGAGCUCGAUCCUCGCGCGCGGCCUUCUUUUGCUGCAGGAAACUGCCCUUCGACGACGAGCUACCCUCCGCACAGAACAUCCUUGAAUCUGUGAUCGUCUCUUACCCCCGUAGGGCCCGAACAACCCUCCGGACACCUACGUUUCUCCUCGUCGUCGUCGUCGUCGUCCUCGUUCGCUGCUAACUAGUAGACAUCUUCGAGGCAUCCUCGUCAGCUGACGGGUAUCUACCGAGCUCCCCUCUCCCUCCUGUCUUAGUCAUAAACUAGAGUCAUACUAUAGAGUGGCUCCUGCCGUGACAGGCAGCGUGGCAAUAUAUAAAGGACAGCAAUCCCCACAAUGGUAUUUCUGUCCUUUACAUAUUUCCACGCUGCCUCUCACGAUAGAGGCCGAUCUAUUCUAAGUCUAUGGUUAUCGCGCAUCUGCCGCGUAUCGUAUCCGUAUCCUCGAUUCUCGGCAUCCCUCUUGCGUCUCGCGGCGCGUGUGCAUCAGUGGUCAGUGUGCGUCUUUGACGAGCGUGUGUACUACGUUGUACCUCUCUUGAUGAGAGGAAAUAGCGGAUUUUUCGUCAACACGUUUCGAGAUUUUGCGAGGUCGCGCGAAAUUUCGUGAGAGAAUUAAUCCCGCGAGCGAGGGAGGGACAUAUCCGUCGUCGUCGUCGUCGCCGACGUCGACGAUGACGCGGAAUCGUCGACCGUGGGAAAAGUCGAAAAUGUUCCCACGCUCCCGCUACGCUGCAAGUGUAUGUCGCGCGUGCGUGUGAAAUUCCACAGGGAGGGAACGUCGGUGAGCGGGCGGAGGGGGAUGAGAAGAGGAUGAGCGCCCAGGGGCAGGAGCACGGACACGCGGUGGUCGUGUGGGAGUGGGAGAAUCGUCACGGACGAUGGAGGCCCUACAGUCCGGCUGUGUCCCAGCAUCUCGAGCGGGCCCAUUACAAGAAACUUACGCGGGUGCUCCUCAACGACGCGGAUCCCACCCUUGACAGGUAUUACAUAAACUUGAGGACCAAGACACAAUGCAGUGACGACGGCGACGAGACGUACAAUGUAAGGAGAAGAUUUUAUUUACCUGGCUCACCGGCCGGCAAAGGCGCCAAGUGGGAAUGGGCAGGUGAUUCAGAUGAUUGGCAUACUUAUGAUAUGGAAGUUCAAUGCCUCAUAGAAGAAGCAUGGGCGAGAGGUGACAAGACUAUUGAUAUUUCCAAAACUUACUUGGGUUUUCCCUACAUCAUCAACUUCUGCAAUUUGACGCAAGUAAGAUGCUGUACAGGCUAUGUAAGGCCAAUAAGACGCAUACAGCAAGCACCUUACCCACUGGUCAAAGUCGCACUGGAGGAACUGCAAGUCACUUCCGGGAAGAAAUCCGCGUCAGUUACGGUCAAGAGUUCUACUGUCAAGGUUGCGCAUAAAAAAUCGUCUAACGGAAGCACCAAGAAGAGUAACAAGAAAGGUAAAAGCGGGGAUACUAACGGGCCGACGAAUAUCGCGCGCGUUAUUCUCAGCAAUUUCAACAUAUUCAGCAGCAAACAUGGUAUCGAGAAUAAUCCCGUUGCAACAAAUAUAGAAUCUGGUCAGAAGCGGAAGACGUGGGACGCAGUGCUGGACGUCGACUCCAGCAGCACCAAGAGCGGUCGCAGGCCUAGCGUGGACACCGUCUCUACGUAUUUAAGUCAUGAAAAUCCGAUAGAUUUGCUAGAUAGCAGUGUGGGAAGCGAUGAUGCGUUCAAGGAUUCUAUUCUUGGGAUGGACGCCACGUCGGACGUGAUAUCUCGAUAUGUGAAGGUGGUUGAGAGCGAUGGAUCUGAUUCCUGUCCGGUGUGUUUGGGCACUCCGGAACCGUUAACGGUCGAACUAACGCGAUGCAGACACAGAUUACACUUGGCAUGUCUGAACGCGAUGCUCGGUUGUCAACAGCCACCCAUGUACAUACAGUGUCCGGUUUGCCGUAUGAUUUACGGCGAGAAGAGAGGCAAUCAACCGCCGGGAACGAUGAAUUGGACGCGAAUACCGCGGGCGCUGCCAGGUUUUCCGAACACCAAUACCAUACAAAUCACUUAUGACAUUCCAUCUGGGAUUCAGAGUAAUGAGCAUCCGAAUCCUGGCCAGGCGUACUACGCCGUGGGCUUUCCCCGAGUAUGCUAUUUGCCGGAUAACAAUCUUGGCCGUCGAGUAUUAAGGUUGUUGCAAAUCGCUUUCGAGCGCAGGUUGAUCUUCACAAUCGGCCGAUCGGUCACCACUGGUCGCGAAGAUGUCGUUACAUGGAACGAGAUCCAUCAUAAGACCGAGCUAGGCCCGUCCACAUCCGGCCACGGUUAUCCCGACCAGAGUUACCUUGAAAGGACACUUGCGGAACUGGCAGCGCAAGGUGUGACUGAUGGGCAAUCAUCGCCGAUAUAUCAACAGUUGCAUUAACUACAUAUACAAAUAGACGGCAUUCAUGUGUAUGCGAGAAUAAGUUAAUCUAUACAGGUAAUAACUUCAAGGAAAGAAAUUCUCAAUUUAAAAUUAAAUAUAAAAAAUAUAUAAAAUUGAGUAAAUUGAGUUUAAAAUAUAUUAAACUAUAAAUAUAGAUUUUGAAAUUUAUUAAUAAAUUCAAUUUAAUUUUUAUUAAUUUUAUAGAGCUAAAAAAAAUUGUUUAAAACAGGUUUAGAACUUUAGAAUUUAUAGAUUGACUUAUUUUUGCAUAAUAUUAUAAGAGAAAAUAUGCGCGAUAAAGAUUAAGAUUCUACUUAACGUAAACUUAUGUCCUAGUGAAAAGCAGCACGCUGAAUUAGAAAUGUAUAUUUUAAAAUGUUAUACUUGAUGUUUAUUCCGUGCUAAGCAAGGAACUGAUAGGUAUAUUCUAAAAAGCAAAGUCUUAGAUUUUUAUAUGUAUUUUUUCUAUAUAUUUUCCGGAGAAAAGUAUUUUAUCGCGAUUAAAGUGGGAGAAACCGCGUCGAAUAAAGAUAUUGAAUUUAUUUUAUAGAUAGUUUUAUAUAUACUUUUAUAGAAAAAUAUAUGUAUAUUUAAUGUAUCUUCCAUGAAACUUGCCAAGAAAUAUUAAUAUUUUAUCAACUUUUGAGCAACAAUUCGAAAAAUGCAAUUAUUAUGCAAUGGUAAAACGAUAAUAGAGAUUUAUAGAAUAAUACUCUUAUAUUUAGCUAAAUUAUAUUCUAAUUGGAAACAACUUAAUCCUUGAAAAAGGUAAAGAUUAAAAUAUGGGGUAGUCAAAACGCCAAGUAUAUAAAUAUUUUAUUGACAGUAUAAGUGACAAUAAGUGACAUACAAGCUUGGAUACUUUUUAUAUACUUGGCGUAUAUGCUUUUACUUUUUUUAGGGUUGUUAUUAUUCUAAAUUCUAUGUUUAAAAUUAAAUACUAAUUGUAAGUUAUGUGUUAAUUGUAUUCUGAAUUAUAUAUUUAUAAUUUUUUGAUAAGA